AUUAAAAAAAAACGUUUCUGUUCAACCAAACACACACAAAAAAAAACAUGCUUUUAAUUAACACUGGCGCUGGAUUCUGUUGCAUCGACCCGCCACGACCCGACCCGAAGCACGAAACCCGAAUCUUCUCCUCGCGUUUUCAGUGCCGGCGGGAGUCUUCGCCGUCUCCGGUGAGGCAUGCGGCGUUCCAAAGCGUGCAUUUGGAGAGGAAAGGCGAAAAGCGCCGAUCGAUAUGCACCGCAGAUGAGCUUCACCGCGUCUCUGUUUCAAACUCCGAUUGGAAGCUCGCUCUGUGGCGCUACCUUCCUUCUCCCAAGGCCCCGUUGAGGAAUCACCCGCUUUUGUUAUUGUCGGGGGUUGCAACUAAUGCUAUUGGCUAUGAUCUCUCUCCUAAGUCUUCAUUUGCUCGGUACAUGUCGGCACAAGGAUUUGAUACAUGGAUUCUUGAGGUUCGAGGUGCUGGGUUGAGCACACAUGGAGAUAGCUUGGAGGAAGAUGAGGAGUACCUCAAGAAUUUGUCUGAGAUUGAUUCUGCAAUUAAUGAUGGUAAAAGCAAUGCUUCUUCUGCAAGAGCAUUGGGAUUUAAGAACCUUGGUGCUUCUUUUGAAUCAGAAGUUCCUCACAUGAAAAAGAGAGGAUCAGGGAUAGUAACUAACGAUGAGGAACUACAGCUAACAUCGGGGUUGAUGGAUAUUUUUACAAGGAUAUCUGACAGGCUUGCAGGCUUUCUCAGUGGGGAAUUGUUGGAAGGGGGUGAAAACUCUGCAAUUAUUAGUCAAAUCAAGCAUUUUGGUCAGAGACUUCGAACUAUUAUUGAAGGUCAACAAUUGUUCCCAGCUCAGGUUUUUGAGUUGCAAGACCGUUUUACUGCCAUUCUAGAAGAAUUGCAGAAACAACUUGAGCUGGCUGUCAAUUAUGAUUGGGACUUCGACCAUUAUCUUGAAGAGGAUGUACCAGCUGCGAUGGAAUACAUAAGGGCUCAAUGCCAACCAAGGGAUGGAAAAUUGCUGGCAAUUGGUCACUCAAUGGGGGGUAUCUUGUUGUAUGCAAGGCUCUCACGUUGUUGUUUGGAUGGAAAGGAUUCUGGGUUGGCAUCAGUUGUUACUUUGGGAUCAUCACUUGACUAUACACCUUCAAGAUCAUCUCUCAAGUUGCUUUUACCCCUGGCAAAACCUGCUCAGGCUUUAAACAUUCCUGUUAUUCCAGUUGGACCAUUGAUUGCUACAGCCUAUCCUCUUACAACCCGUCCUCUGUAUAUUUUAUCUUGGUUAAAUUAUCAGAUUUCAGCUCAAGACAUGAUGGAUGAGAAGCUGCUUGAGAAGCUUGUUAUGAAAAACUUCUGUACUGUACCUUCUAAGGUUCUCUUGCAGUUAAAAACAGUCUUCCAAAAAGGUGGUUUACGUGACAGGAGUGGAACAUUCUGGUACAAGGACCAUCUCCGCAAAAGUAAUGUUCCUGUUUUAGCAAUUGCUGGUGACCAAGACUUAAUCUGCCCUCCUGAAGCUGUAUACGAAACGGUGAAGCUUAUUCCUGAGGAACUGGUUACAUACAAAGUCUUUGGGGAGCCUGGAGGUCCACACUAUGCCCACUAUGACUUAGUGGGUGGUCGUUCGGCAGCAGAUGAACUGUAUCCAUGUAUAACUGAAUUUCUCAUUCAUAAUGACAUGGCUUAGUCCAUUGCUCUUUUAAAAUACCUCAUUCUUUUGUGCAUCAAGAUGAAGAUGCAUAAGUUCCUGUAUUUUGUCAAAGAUGAUUUACACAUGUAGUUAUAAGUACACAAGAUGAUCUGGACAAAUACUGGGUGGUUGCACUGUAUCAUUCUGAUUUUACCAGUGCCAAGAAAGCAUGUAGUAGGAAUCAGGUGGUAUUUGUAAUCAAGUUGGAGCGAAGUUGGUGUGAAAUAUGUUUAGGGCUUUUUUUUUUUUUUUCUAACUUUCUUUUAGAAGCACCAAAUUUCACUUCUCUUCAAUAACUGUUUUA